AUGUCGGCAUUGAAAGACAAAGCCGAUUGGCAACGAAAGGUAUUUGAUGAGAGCAUAGUUGGGAAAUGGCGCCUGGAGGCUCUGCAAUUCAGCGCUGCCCGUAAACCAGAAUCCGCUGACGAGGUCGUGACCAAUGCCUGGAAGAAGACUGAAGACAGCGGGGAAAACGGAGAGAGUCUCGACCUCGAUGGAGAACAGCGGCAGACGAUUAUAAGCCAAGCAGUCUUCGACUAUUGCAUCGCUGAGCUCCGCGACAACGCCAAACAGGACCGGCAGCGUGGCUUCACGCAGGCUAUCGACGCCAACGCUUGCGUAUUCAUGUCUGACAGCGCUAUCCCGAGUGCAACGAAGACAGCUUUACAACAAGCAGCGGCGCGACUGGAAGACGUGAAAGCGCAUCAGAAAGACUGGCACCCGGGAUCAGAUGGCAAAGUACUCGACCUCGUGCAUCCUUCGCUCUUCCCACUGCUGUAUGGACGUUCACGCAUGAUGCCAACAGGAGCAGUGCCAACGGAGAAGUGUGCAUGGUAUACAGGCCGAGGGUCGAUCGUCCCUGAGGCAGACAUCCAGGACACCGAUUACAGCGAUCAUUUCCAAUGGCUACCCUGCGACGUUGCUACCAGUGACAACGGUCGUGCAAAGAUUUCGAGCUACAUUAACAACCUGUAUCCCCAUGGAAAUAUGGAUCUGUAUGCUGCCAUCGAGGAUGUGAUCACAGCUUCUGUGCCACUAUGGACCGAGACACUGCUGUCCACGCAGUUCUUGGCAACACAUCGUAUCAAGGAUGACUUUGGUGAUGGACGCAUCGAGAAGCCUAGGCCGAGUCGUCGCAGCGACGAGGAUGAUGCACACUACGACGAUUGGCACAAUGCCUAUGAUGCCGCGAUCCCAGAGCCCAAGACGUACGCGCUGCGUCAGAGGGUCCAACCUAAAGUCUUCGUGCCUGACGAUCCAAACUACAAGGACCCUGGUCAGAAAACAGCUGCCACCAAGGGCUGGCGGCUGAGCGAUAUCGAUCAACCCCUCAAGAACCCCAGCAUUGAGCCGUCGCAAGAACAAAUCGCAGAAGGUGAUGCGGCCAUGGAAGAGGAAAGGAAGCGGCUUCAGAAUGUAUUCCAGAAGCAAGGAAUGCAGGUCAUCGUCAAACUGGCCAACAUUCACCUCACGCCGGACAGGCCCACGUAUGAUGGUGGCAGCUGGCACAUCGAAGGGCAGCUGAACGAACACAUCGCUGCUAGCGCGUUGUACUACUACGACACAGAGAACAUCACUGACAGCUACCUCGCAUUCCGCGAGGGUGUCGACAAAGACGAGCUCAACGACUACGAACAAAGCGAAUGCUACGCCCUCAUGGAGAUCUACGGCAUCAGGAACUACUGGGGCAAUGCAAUCCAAGUACUUGGCAUGACCAACACGAGAGAAGACCGACUCCUCGUUUUCCCAAACGUGCUCCAGCAUCGCGUCAGUCCCUUUGAGCUCAAGGACAAGGCCAAGCCCGGACAUCGAAAAUUGCUGGCCCUUUUUCUCGUUGAUCCCUUCAUUCGCAUUCCCUCAACAAGCAACGUUCCGCCGCAGCAGCGGGAGUGGUGGGCAAGAGCCAUGGAGGAGAAAGGAACUCUCUCGCAGAAGCUGCCAAUGGAGCUCGUGGACCAGAUCAUUGAGGAUGUGGAGGAUUUUCCGAUUACUCUGGAGGAAGCGAAGGAGUUGCGCGGGCAGCUAAUUGAAGAGAGGAAGGUUUACGUGAAUGACUCGAUGCAGCCUUAUCAGAAUGAUGGGUAUUGCUUCUGUGAGCAUUGA